UAUUCGUUGACUAACCUCUUAAUACCUAAUAUUUUGUUUCAUAAUAAUAAAUUAAUUCCUAAUAUUUUGUUAUGAUGUUUCAAUAAAGAAUAUUUUAUCUUGUAAGAUAAUGACUUCUCAAUAUAAGAAAUUUGUUAAAUUGAUCGCUAAAUGGCCUUUGGAUGUUAGUAAAGGUGAAAGAGAUCUAGGAAAAGUGAUCAGAGACAAAGUUAAACUCGCUUUCGAGACAUCAGACAGACAAGCCUUGGACUCUGAAUUCUGUAAUCGGCAGUACAACUCGCUGAACAAAUUGGCGGACAAUUACUACAGAAAUAAAUACAAACGCACCAAAACCAGCACAGCCACGGGAUUAAACGCUGAAGAGUGCAACGUUAUACUUUCCAACGAAGUACUCGACUAUCUAAAAGAAGAAAACAAAGGUUUGGUUCGCCACUCCAUCGGCAGACGAUUAUCUACAGAACAAAUAGAGUAUAAAGGUCAUACUCCUGUUAUGUUGAAUGAAGCUGUCAAAUAUCUAAAUCCUAAAGAUGAUGAGGUUUAUAUUGAUAUGACAUUUGGGGCGGGCGGGCACUCACGUAAAAUUCUAGAAACUGCCAAUUGUCGUUUAAUCACGUUAGAUAGAGACCCCACUGCUUAUGAAAGAGCUAAAGAACUUGCUAAAGAAUACCCGAAUAGAGUUACACCUUUAUUGGGCAGGUUUAGUGAAUUACCAAAGCUGUUAAAAGAAAAUGGCAUUAGUCAGUGUAGUUUAGAUGGGAUUCUAUUUGAUUUUGGUUGUUCAUCCAUGCAAUUAGAUAAUGGAGAAAGGGGCUUCUCGGUCAGUAAGAAUGGCUAUUUGGACAUGAGAAUGGAUGCCGGUCGGGAACCAGAUCAAAUCACGGCCCGGGAGGUUUUAGCCACAGCAAGCGAACAAGAACUGUAUAAAAUCUUCAAAAUUUAUGGCGAAGAGAAAAAAGCUGCUAAAAUUGCACAAACUAUUAUACAAGCCCGAUACAUGAUUAAAAACAUUGAUACAACACAAGAAUUAGUUGAUAUUGUAAACUCCUGUUGCCCUGAUGAAAUAAGACUAGACAAAUUAAACAGACCACAAUCUAAUGCAACAAAAAUAUUUCAAGCUCUACGUAUAUUUGUAAAUAAUGAACUGAAUGAACUUAAUUAUGGGAUGGUACUAGCGAAGUAUUAUUUAAAAAUCAAUGGAAGGCUUGUGACAAUAUGCUUCCAUUCAUUAGAAGAUACAAUAGUGAAACGUCAUAUAGCAGGUAACAUUAUAAAUGAAGUGGCGAAUCCUGUUCCGUUGAAGUAUUUAAGCCCUACAUUAGUUCAGGACCAAGAUACUAUUAACCAUUUUCUGGAUACACCAUGGAUGGCCCUCAAUAAGCAUGUGGAGGUGCCGACGGAUGAAGAAGUUGAGAGGAAUCCGCGAAGCAGGAGUGCAAGAUUACGAGCCGCUAUCAAAGUAAAAUAGAUUUGAAAAUGUGUAAAUAAUAAUGUAGUGUACAGAAAUAAAUUUAGAAAGAUUUGAAA